AUUUUAUUAGUUAUACUCCAUAUAACUUUAAGUUAUAUAUAUUUUAUUAUUUGCCGUGAAUUCAAGUUUCAUUGUGCUGUUUGAGUGACUGCAAGUCUCCAAAUGUCGUACGGUAAAACCACUGUUAUGGGACCGGUCGUGGUCGGAAUUGUUAUUUAUAUUAUCGUUGCUGGAAUUGGCGAAGGGGCCGGCAAUGUUCAAGCAACUCAUUUUCGUGGAGGAUCGAUAUCGUGGAAACCAAGCGAUAGUUUUUCAUUAUCAUAUAGAGAGGUGAUAUUUACUUUCAAAUUGGGGUGGCGACUGUCCAGAAUUGGAUGUGAUGAACGAACGAUUACUUCUGGAACAUUGGUCGGUGAAGACGCGCGAUGGUUCUGUAUGUUUGGGUGUUCAGGAGUCGUUGCUUCGACCCGAGAAAAAUGUACAGAAUUUAAUCUUGGUGAAGAUUGGAUGUUUGGAAGUAAUACUUUUAAAAAGGUUUUCGAAGACGAUGGUCCAAUUGAAAUAUCAUAUAUGGAAUGCUGUUGGCUAACAGAUUUAGUGGUCGGUGCCGGAGGAGAAUGGGCUCUUACCACCACAUUAAAUUUAGGAAUCCGGUCUGAUACUGGGGGACCCAACUCUUCACCAGUCACAGCAAUGGCUCCAAUGAUAACAUUACGAGCGGGAGUUCCAGAUGUCAUCGAUUUGGCUGUCAGAGACUCAGACGGAGACAAAGUCACGUGUCGACUGGGAAGACAUGUAGGAGAAUGUGGAACAAUUUGCUCUCUGUUUUCUGAAUUUACUUUAGACGAGGAAAACUGCUUGAUCCGUUAUACACCUGCGUCAAAUACAACGGGUAAAAUUCCUGUUGCUAUCAUGGUAGAGGAUCAUCACAGAUCGAAUGAUGGAAUUACAAUGGGAAAGAAAAAUUUUAUGAUGUCAGAUGCUCUUAGUACAGUCCCAGUACAGUUUAUAGUUGUCCUCAAAGAUCCACCAAAAUUGUGUUUUGCAAAACCAAUGAUUGAAACAUCAAUUCCACCAGAGAUUCCAGUAAAGGUCAGACCAGGUCGCAAUUUCACUUUCACAGUAACGAGCACACCGUGUGACGCGACUAGCAGCAUUGACGACUUCAUUUUAAUCGCUCCGAUUGGAGUAAGAAAAUCGCCAAUUUUGAAAGUCGGUGAAGUCUAUCAUACCGAGAUUACUUGGACACCCGAACCAGCACAAGACGGUUCGAAUCUCAUCUGUGUGACAGGAAGAAGUUCAAAUGGAGUUCUGUCGGAACAGAUUUGCAUCACAGUCGAAGUUCCAAAAGCAACCUCGUUUUGUGCAGUAGUUGGAGGUUCUCAUUUCAUCACAUUCGACAAAGCCAGAUAUAAUUUCUAUGGAAUGUGUAAAUAUCAACUCAUUGGAACGAUACCUUCGCCUACAGCUGGACUUACACCUUUCAGUGUUUUACUUGCGAAUGAAGAGACUCCAGCAGCUAAUACAGCAGUCCGUAUCGGGACUCUAGAAGUUAAUGUGUAUAAUCAAACAGUCACAAUUGAUGGGAAAAGAAACGUUUACCUUGACGGCGUGGCUGUAAGCUUGCCUAUCCGUUUGAGAUCAGGGUUGCGUGUGGAAAAAAGCGGGCGUGGAAUUAACAUCGGAAUAUCUCUCGCUCUACGUAUUCACAUCGACGACGGGACCCUAUCUGUACAGUUACCUCAAAUUUACGCAGGACAAGUUGAAGGUUUAUGCGGAAACUUCAAUGGUGAAUCUAUGGAUGAUUUAUCUAUGCGUGGUGGUAUUCAAAUUGCAAGUAACGAAGCAGAAUUAGCUGCUAGUUUCCAAAUAGAUGAAGAAGGGGGAAAAUGUAAUAACGGUAUUCAACAACUAAGAGACGAACCGGUUUGUAGCGAAAGUGAAUUGAGCAAGGCUAUCUCACAAUGCGGCAUCAUCACUGACAAAAGCGACCAAGGGUGCUUUGCAUUGUGCCAUGACGUAAUUGAGCCAAAGAACUUUUAUGAGAAUUGCGUCAAUGUACUCUGCCAAUCUGCUGAUGACUUCACCGCUUUGGACGUUCUCGUGAGAGCGUAUGCGGAUGCUUGUCAACGAGAGUCAAUUACAGUUUGUGACUGGAGAGUGCAGUUGGGAAUUUCAAUUGAAUGUGAACCAAAUUCUCACUACGAAAGAUGUGCACCCACAGUUCCCGCUACGUGUGCCGAUUCGAUAUCUACUAUCAGUCCUACACCAUCAGAUAGUUGCAUUGAAGGAUGUGUUUGUAACAAGGGAUACAUAUUAUCUGGAAGUGUCUGUGUUCCUGAAUCAGAGUGUGGAUGCAUUAUCAAUGAUAUCUAUUAUCCCAAAGGAUUCACAUACAGACUAGAAGGCUGCAAAAGACAAUGUAUAUGUGGUGAGGGCUGCAAAGACGUAGAUCCAUGCAGUCGUCGCGCUAAUUGUACGAAAGGAACUGAUGGAUUUCAUCGUUGUAUCGAAAAGUUGAGGAAUCGUGCAACGUGCAAGGCAGUGACUGAUCCCCAUUAUCAAACAUUCGACGGGACUAAAUUUGAUUCAAUGGGAACAUGCGCGUACAUUAUGGUCAGGUCAAAACGAAACGCAACCAAAGCAACAGCGUUCACUGUGAUCUCAGUGAAUGAACAAUCCACAGUAAACGCAAAUGCAACACACGUGAAGGAAGUUCACGUUCACUUUGGCGACGGACAUACUUUGACGUUCUUGAGAGGGCCAAUAGUAAUUCUUGACGACAAAGUCAUUAACCCCGGAAGCAGUUUACAUGGCGUUGAUGUUAGAAGAGUUGGACAAUUUGUCGUAGCCGAUUUUCAUUUCGGAAUUGUGGUCAGAUGGGACGGUGUGGAUAGACUUCGUAUCACUGCUUGGUCUCCGCUUCGUUAUAUGGUUGAAGGUUUGUGUGGCGAUUUUGACGACAAUCCUGACAAUGAUUUUGCCGUCAGACCAACAGAAGAAAAUCUACCUGAUCCCGGAUCGUUUGCUGAAAGCUGGAGAAUCGAGGGAUACGGAACAGAAGGAUGUUUCGACCAUCCCGGCACUGAGAUUCCGCAGCCACCAUGCACCGAUACUAUUUCACUUGCUUGGUACCAAGAAGAAUGCAGGGCUUUAACUGAUCCAAAAGGAUCGUUCGCUUCCUGUCACCAAUAUGUAGAUCCAGUCAAAGCUGCAAGGGAUUGCGUUUACGAUCUAUGCGCUUAUAAUGGAAAUAACACGAUAAAAGAAAGAACAUUUGCAUCUUACACUCACGAUUGCUUGGAAGAAAGUGGAAGACCACAAGAAUGGAGAGAUACUGAGGGGAUGCCUCAAACUUGUAUCGAUGGUACGUUCAAUAGCUGCAUGGAGCAAUGCCAACCGACUUGUUCUGAUCCUACUGGUUCACUAUGCAGAGAAAAGAAACCUAACAGACUUGGACAAACUUGUGUUGAAGGUUGUGUCUGCGCCGAUGGAUUACUUUUGUCUGGUAAUGAAUGCGUAAAACCUGAAGAUUGUGGAUGUAAUGUUAAUGGUCGCUAUGAAAAGAAAGGCUUUACAUUCGCUAUUGCUGAUUGUACUCAAACUUGCGUUUGCCAAGGACCAGACAAUUUGAACUGCGGGCCUACUCCUGGCGGAUGUCAACUUAAUCGAGACAGAUGCCAACAAAGAGGAGAUGGCUAUUUUGAAUGUUUCACAAGACCAAGGAGACGAGCAACAUGCAAAGCGGUCACCGAUCCACAUUAUUUGACUUUUGAUGGAAUCAAUUUCGAUUCUAUGGGAUUGUGUGCUUACGUCAUGGCGAAGAGCAAAGUAGGCGCGGAUGUGACGCCCUUCCGGAUUGUAGCCGUAAAUGAAAAACCAAGAAACGCCAACGAAACCGUUUCCAGUGUGAGAGAAGUAUAUGCGUACAUUGGCGAUGACAUAGUUAUUAGAUUUACAGCUGGACCAAACGUAACGGUUAACAGCGAGCGAGUAUUAGCUGGGACAACUCUAAAUGAUAUCGAGUUUAGAAUGGUUGGUAGAUUCUUUGUGGUGGAAUUUCCGUUUGGACUUGUCAUAAGAUGGGACGGAAUAGACAGGUUGAGAAUCAUGGCUUGGGCGAGAUUAAAAGGAACGAUGGAAGGACUGUGUGGUGAUUUCAACGACGAUCAGAGCAACGAUUUUAUGACACCUGAGGGUACAAUAGUAACGGAGAUUGAUGAAUUUGUUAACAGCUGGAUUGAACCUGGAUAUCAAACGGAAGGAUGUGAAGAUCUUCCAUCGCAGCCUGAUCACUUCUGUGGAUCUGAUGAUCAGUUACAAGAGUAUCGCGAGCAAUGUAAAGUACUGAUCGAUCCUGACAGCCCUUUGGUUAACUGUUUCGAAAUUCGAAAUCCCAAUUCGUCUUACAACGAUUGCGUUUUCGACAUGUGUGCUACCGAUGGUGACCCAGCAAUGAGAGAAAGAAUUAUUUCUUCUUAUACUGAAGAUUGUAGAGAAGAUGCAGUGUCUGACGAAGUCCCUCCUGGAGAUUUAAAUUUUAGAACACCGGAAGAAGAAGCUGCUUUGUGUAGAGAAAAUUCUCAUUUUGAAAGCUGUACCUCCCCAUGUCAAGCAACAUGCACGGACAAAGAUGGUGAAAAAUGUCUUGCAAGCGAUUCUUUAUCAACUCCAUGCGUUGACGCUUGUGUUUGUGACGAAGGAUAUGUUUUAUCUGGUGAUGCUUGCAUAGCAGAAUCUGAAUGCGGAUGCGAAAUAGAAGGACGUUACGUAGAAAAAGGAUUCACAUAUUUCAAUCGCAACUGUACCAAUGAAUGUUCUUGUCUUGGAGAAGGAGAAUUGGUAUGCACAUCACGUGAUGGAUGUCCUGUAGGACAACGUUGUAGAGUUAACGAUGAAGGGGUCAGAGGUUGCAUAGAUCAUGUCAGGAGACGAGCAACUUGCAAAGCAGUUACUGAUCCUCAUUAUAUGACUUUUGAUGGAGUGCGAUUCGAUUCCAUGGGAUUAUGUGCAUACGUAAUGGCAAAGACCAAAGAGGAUUCAGGUGUGACGCCAUUCCGUAUCGUAGCGGUCAACGAGAAGCCAAAAAACGUGAACGAAACUGUAUCGAGUGUCAAAGAGGUCUUCAUUUACGUGGGAGAUGACAUCACUAUUAGAUUUACAGCAGGCCCUGUAGUUACUGUAAACGGAGAACGUGUUUUAUCGGGAACAACACUUCACGAUAUUGAAUUUAUAAGAAUCGGAAGAUUUUUUGUUGCCAAAUUUCCCUUCGAUCUUGUAGUGAAAUGGGAUGGCAUUGACAGAUUACGUAUUAUGGCAUGGGCAAGCUUGAAAGGAACAAUGGAAGGUGUAUGUGGCGAUUUUAACGACGAUCAAAGCAACGAUUUUAUGACUCCUGACGGUACUUUGGUGACUGAAAUCGACGAAUUUGUAAAUAGCUGGAGAGUGGAUGGAUACGAGACUACUGGGUGCGAAGAUCCAACCACCGAUACUCCAGAUCACUUCUGUGGAUCCCACGAACAAUUAGAAGAAUACAGACGGUCUUGUCAACUGUUGAUCGAUCCAGACAGUCCGCUUCGAAAUUGCUUCGACAUCACAAGCCCUAAUUCAACAUUCAACGAUUGUGUCUUUGAUAUGUGUGCUACAAAGGGUGACCCAGCAAUGAGAGAAAGAAUCAUUUCAUCUUAUACUGAAGAUUGCAGAGAAGAAGCUGUUUCAGACGAAGUUCCACCCGGAAAUUUGGAUUUCAGGACGCCAGAAGAAGAAGCCGCUUUGUGCUCGGAUAAUUCACAUUUUGAAAACUGUGUAUCACCAUGUCAACCUACUUGCAAUGAUAAGCAUGGAGAGAAAUGUAUUACAAGUGGCGCGGUAUCAACUGCAUGUGUUGAUACUUGUGUUUGUGAUGAUGGAUACUUACUAUCUGGAGAUGUAUGCGUAUCAGAAUCAGAAUGCGGAUGCGAAGUUGAUGGACGGUAUAUCGAGAAAGGGUUCACAUACAAUAAUGACAAUUGCACAGUACAAUGUACUUGCCUCGGGGAAGGAGAACUGGUCUGUACAACACGUGACAAAUGUCCGAAAGGUCAGCGUUGUAGAUUCAACGACGAAGGUGCAAGGGCUUGCGUGAAACAUAUCAGAAGACGAGCAACUUGCAAAGCAGUGACUGAUCCUCAUUACCAGACCUUCGACGGAGUCAAAUUUGAUUCUAUGGGAACAUGUGCCUACAUAAUGGUUAGAUCGAAGCAAGGCGCUGACGUAGAAAAAUUUAGAGUCGUGGCUGUGAACGAGGCCCCUCCUGAAAACCGAAUUGUAUCUCACGUUAAGGAAGUUCAUAUUGAUGUCGGCAGAGAUUUCAGAGUAUCUUUUUCUGCUGGUCCUGUGGUCAAGAUAAACGGAGAUGUUGUUCUACCCGGCACAAAAGUUCGAAAUGUACAAAUUCGUAAAGUUGGUAAAUUCACAGUAGCUGAGUUUGAUUUUGGUCUCGUAGUCAGAUGGGAUGGUAUCGAUAGAUUACGUGUGAUGGCGUGGGCUAAGUUGAAGAACAAAGUCGAAGGUUUGUGUGGAGAUUUCGAUGAUAAUCCUGAGAAUGAUUUUACAACACCGCGGGGAAAGCUAGAACCAGAAGCUGAUAAAUUCGUAAGACAUUGGAAAAUUAACGAAUUUAGUGAAGAAAGCUGCUUCUUGGAUCCACCUCCUGGCACUUUAAACUCUUCAGUAGUGGCCAAUUGCGAACGGUUUAGUGAAUACAAUAAAAUAUGUUCGCAGCUUGUCAAUACCGAUGGAAGUUGGAAGGCGUGUCAUGACCGUGUUGCGCCGGAAGCUUUCUACAAUGAUUGUAUAUUUGACUUGUGUGCCAUGGGAAAAGAUGAUGGCCACUAUGAACGAAUUGCUAGUGAAUAUACCGAAGAUUGUCUUGAGACGGAGGAAAGACCAAACACCCCUAAUAUAACUGAAGAAUGUCCCGACAAAAUGAUUUCCAUGGUACCUAUGGAGCAAUGUCAACCAACAUGUGACGAUCCUGAUGCUUCAAUUUGCAAAGCUAACAAUUCACUAGGGGACCAACCCGUGUCCGGUUGUGUUUGCAAUCCUGGACUUGUCUUAUCAGGCAGUAAAUGUGUCACUCUCGAAGAAUGUGGUUGUCUCAUUGAUGGCAAAUACAGAGAACAAGGUUUCCGAUAUUUGAAUAGUAAAUGCGACAUCGUAUGUGAAUGCGUAGGCGCCGGUGACAUAGUUUGCCUUCCAACGGAUCCUUGUAGAACAACUGAGAGAUGCACAAAAGUCAAUGAAAGAUAUCAAUGCACACCGCAUAUACGAAACAAGGCGACAUGCAAAGCUAUCACAGAUCCUCACUACACAACGUUUGAUGGAAAGACGUUCGAUUCUACCGGAACAUGUGCUUACAUUAUGACACAAUCAAUUCCAUCAAGCGAUGCUCCACGUUUCCGAGUUACUGCUUCGAAUGAAAGAUCGUCUUCGUUACAAUCAACAUCUUCAGUUAGACAGAUUAUCGUCGAAGUUGGAGACGAUUUUAAACUAAAAGUUUCCAGAAAUUUGAGAGUUACGAUCAAUGAAAAGGUGUACAAUCCUGGUUCUACGAUACAGGGUGCAACUAUCCGCAAGAUUGGAUUAUUCACAGUUAUUGAAUGGGACUUUGGAUUGGUAAUCAGAUGGGAUGGAAAAGACAGACUCAGAGUAACCGUAUGGGACGAUCUCAAGGGCAAGGUAGAAGGAAUGUGUGGUCGAUACAAUGAUGAUAUGGACGAUGACUUCACCAUGCCAGACGGCCUCAUUACCAACGAUAUGAAUGAUUUCGUAAAAGGCUGGGAAAUCAAAGAACAUUCAGAAAAAAAAUGCGUGGUCGAGCUUGAUGACGUUCCUGAUGACUGCAAUGCCCCUGAUGUACUUUCCAACUAUCAGGAUCAGUGCAAUAUUGUUUUGGAUACUGAAGGGCCGUUUGCAAAAUGUCACCGGGUAGUAGAUCCAGCUCCAGCGUACAGGGCAUGCGUAAACGACUUAUGUAGAACAGAUGGAGACAUGAACUACAAAGAUAGAGUUUUGUCAUCAUACACACACGAUUGUCUCGAGUUUUCAAAGGGUCCUGAUCCGUGGAGGUCGGACGAAAAAAUGCCUGUAAAGUGCGGAGCAAACAGCAAAUAUUCGAGAUGUAUGCAUCAAUGUCAACCUACAUGUGGGGAUCCCGACGCAUCGAUUUGUAAGAGGAAGUUGCCAUAUCUUUUGGGAGACCACUGCGUUGAAGGUUGCGAUUGUUUGGACGGAUUCUUCCUUUCUGUUGGCAAAUGUGUUCCCGUAGAAAAAUGUGGAUGCCUGGUUGAUGGAGUUUAUUACGCGAGAGGCUUCAGUUACAAAGAAAAUGAGGAUUGCACAAGAGAAUGUAAAUGUGUGGGUCAAAAUAUUUUUGAAUGCAAGGACGUCGACGAUGGAUGUCUAGUGUCAGAACGCUGUAACCGAGCUGCAGGAGGAUAUUUUCAAUGCAUGCCAGGCACUAGACGUCGUGCUACUUGCAAAGCUAUAACGGAUCCUCAUUACACAUCGUUCGAUGGAAAGAAAUUUGAUUCACAGGGUAUCUGCUCCUAUACAAUGGUCAGGUCAAAGGUCACUUCUGCAAUUGACCCAUUCACCGUUGUUGCCGUGAACGAACAACCUUUGCCUAACAUUACUGUGUCCAACGUGAAAGAAAUUCAUAUAGAUUAUCGUGGACAAAGAUUGUCAAUGUUUAAAGGCCCAGUCGUUGAGCUCAAUGGCGAAGUCGUACAAACUGGAACAUCUGAAUCAGGAAUGAAACUUAUGAAAAUAGGAAGAUACAUGUCAGCCAAUUUUGACUUUGGUCUUAACGUCAGAUGGGAUGGAUCAGACAGAUUGAGAAUCUCGGCAAUGGGAAAUUUGAGAGGACAAGUGGAAGGUGUUUGUGGUAAUUUCAACGACGACCCUUCAGACGAUUUGACAAAUGGCUUUACUGAAGAAGUAUUCGAAGAACCAGAAGAGUUUGUUAAUUCGUGGAGAGUAGAGGGUUAUAACGAUGAAUGUCCCAGCCCUCAGGCCGAUUUUCUCGUUGAACGUCCAGUAUUUGAGUGCGGAGUGGAAGAGAUGAUUCAAGCUGAACAAGCUUGUUCCGUGCUAAUAAAUCCUGAUGGUCCACUGAAGAAUUGUAAACGUUUAGCUGAUGCAGAAUCUGUGUACGCUAACUGCAUGCUGGACAUGUGCGCUUUCGUGGGUGACGAAAAAAUGCGCGAAAGAGUGAUUUCAGACUACACUGAGGAUUGUAGACAAGAAGGAGGAGAAUUAGAUAAGAAUUGGAGAGAAGAAGCUAACCUGACUGAUGUGCCUUGUCCGACUAACAGCCACUUUGAACCUUGUAUGAUGCAAUGCCAGCCUGCGUGUGAUGAUCUUGAUGGUUCACAAUGUAGACUGAGUGAUAUUGGAAAUAACUGCGUUGAAGGUUGUCACCCUGACGAUGGAUUUGUUCUUUCUGGAGAUGAAUACGUUCCAGUGAGCCAAUGUGGAUGUGUUAAGGAUGGGCGAUAUUACAAGAGCGGAAACAUAUUCUACACUAAAGAGUGUAAGACGCUGUGUGAAUGUAAUGCUGGAAUAGUUACAUGCAAUGCUGCAAAAUGCGGUAGAGAAGAGGAAUGCGCCAUCAAUGGAAUUGGAAAAUUGGACUGUAUUCGUAUCGAAACAUCUACAUGCCAUGCUUGGGGAAGCACUCACUUUACUACCUUUGACGGAAAUAAUUAUGACCUCAACACUCAAUGUCAUUACGUCAUUGCAAAGAGAGAGUUCGAACGUGGAAAUCCCCGUAGUAGAUUGGAAUCAUUCGUUUUGACGGCUAACAUCCAACCGUCAUCUGACAAUGAUAAACUCACUGUACUGAAGAAUAUUCGUCUACGACUUCCAGGACUUGGAAAAUCAAUGCUUCUAAAAACACAGGCACAGGCACGGGUUGAUGGAAGAAGUGUCUACAAUUGGAGAAGCGCUGAUGAGGAUCGCAUGAUAACUGUGGAUCGCAGAGGAACGUUUACAGUCUUGAAAACUUUCUUUGGAUUGGAAAUAGCUUUUGAUGGGAGUAAUUUGAGAGUAACCUUGCCAUCGAGGUUUGGAGGAAAAGUCAGAGGAUUGUGUGGUAAUUUCAAUGGAGAUCCGAUUGAUGACUUGAACUUAGACGACGGUACUUUGAACAAUGACGUCGCCGCGUUUGCUCUCGAUCAAAGAGGACAAACAUGCAGACCACCCGUCUCAUUACCUCCACUAGAUUGCUCUGUUGAAAACGAAAAGAAAUUCGGAGCAUCUGACCACUGUGGAGCUAUUUUGGAUCCAAACUCCGAAUUCGAGAAUUGUAGUUCGAAGCUAAAAGCAAAUGAGUUUUUUGAAGCAUGCGUUCAUGAUGUAUGCAGGUCUGGUGGAGACAAAGACGUAUUGGCUGAGGCUCUCAAAGCCUACGCUCACGAGUGUAUGGCCAUAGAUACACCUGUGUGUAAUUGGAGAAAGAAUUAUCAAUUGCAAAUCGCUUGUCCAGUUAACAGUCACUAUUCGGGAUGCACAAAAGCAUGCGAAGAAACUUGCGGCACGGCUUCAGAGAAAGAAUGCAGACAUCAACAAGUUGAAGACUGCGUUUGUGAUGAAGGAUAUAUGAGAUCGAAUGGACAUUGCUUGCCUAAGUCAACAUGUGGUGGCUGUGUUGUUAACAGGAAACUCGUUCCCAAAGGUUUUUCAUAUCGAGCUAAUCAAUGCCAAGAUAAAUGUACAUGUCUUGGCAACGAUAUGAAUACUUGCGAAAAGGCGGAACCAUGUAUUACAAGAGCAAAAUGCGCUAAAGACGAUGACGGAUUCCAACAAUGCACUGUUCGAUCAAGGAUUCGAGCCUAUUGUCAAGCUUUUGGUAAUGGUAUGUUUUCCACAUUCGAUGGGAUGAGAUUCAACACAACGGCAACAUGUAUAUUUACUGCGAUAAAAUCUCGAAAGGAUUCCACAAUAUCGCCAUUCGCCGUGAAAGUCGAUCUUGAAUCUUCUAACUCGAAUUCCAACUUAUCAAGAGUAGCUCAAGUUUUUAUUACAACAAAUAAAAUGGAUAUGAUAAUGGCACAAGAUAAGACCGUGAUGGUAAAUGGUAGAAAUAUUGCAAUUGGCUCAACACUAGAUGAAGUUUCUAUAAGAAAAUUUGGAAGAUUUAUUGUCGCCGUAUUCCAAUUUGGAUUGGUCAUAAGAUGGGAUGGCAAACAAAGUCUUCGAAUCGAAGCUCGCCAACCGAUGUCAAAUCAAAUGGAAGGACUCUGUGGAGAUUUUGAUGAAAAUGAGGCAAACGAUUUCAGAACAUCGACGGGAGUUAUUGAAACUGAUGUACCAACUUUUGUUAACAGUUGGAGAGAUGCAGGUUCAGAUGCGGGUUGUCGUAAACAAAUAUCGGUUCCACAAGUCUGCACUACUGAGCUAGAACUGUCUCAAUACAAAGAUUAUUGUUCCGAAAAAUACAAUGGAAAUUACACCUCAACGCCCAGAUGUGACUUGUACAAAUAUUGCUUGUAUGAGAUGUGUGCCUCUCAGGGUGACAGAGAGUCUACUGAUAAUAAUAUUCAUAAUUUCUACGGAAUUUGUAAAGAAGAACCAAGAGCUGACCACGUGAAAAAUGCUCUUCCACCACCACCGGAGUUGCCAGUUGUAAUCAUGCAUUGUCCAACCAACAGCCAUUUUGAGUCUUGCAUGACAGAAUGUCAACUCACGUGCUCUGAUCAGGAUGCAACUAAAUGCAAAGCAAACACUUUUAUGGGCGAUGAAUGCGUACCAGGUUGUCAAUGUGAUGAUGGAUUUGUAUUAGACGGAGAAAGGUGUGUGAAUGCAACCGAUUGCGGAUGUGUAAGCAACGAAGGAGAAUAUUAUCCGAAUAACUUUGAUUCGUACUUAGAAGAUUGUGAAAAGAAAUGUCAAUGUCAUAAUGGUGAAUUGUCAUGUCAAGAAACAACAUGUUAUCCAGGACAAUUCUGUGGACAUAAAGAUCAUACGUACGGUUGUCAUUGGGAAAAUGAAUGCCGAUACAAUAAUGGCGGAUGUGAUCACAUGUGUUCAUGGGUAGAUAAUCAAGUUGUUUGUAGUUGUAGAGAUGGAUACAAUUUAACAAGUGAUAUGAAGACUUGCAAAGGGACAACUCCAGCCUGCGAUAAAGCGAAGAAAAAUUUUACUGAAUGGAAAGGAAAAACAAUGCAAGUAUGGAUAGAUAAAUUAGAUGCAUAUAUGGAAGCUAUGAAAACGGGAGUUGAAACUGGAGCACCUGCUUAUACUUGUAAAACUGUCUGGACGGAGUGGUUUGAUCGGGAUGACCCUGACCAUAGGGGGGAUUUUGAAUUACUAGAAUUACUUAAGCUUGACCACAAAAUUUGCGACAGGCCCGUGUCUAUUGAAGCGCGACUUAGAAACGGAAGCGCUGCAUACACAACAGGACAAAUCUUCCGAACGUUCGACGCAGAAAAAGGUUUAGCGUGUUACAACAGCGACCAACGGAAUGGCGAAAAGUGCGGUGAUUUCAACGUUCGCUUCCUCUGUUUAGAAGAGCUAGUUUAAUGAAACGAUAAAAUAAGAUUAAAAUUGUUCUAAUUUUCAAAAGAACGAAUCACUCUUCAUUAGAGUUAUAUUUAUGUAUCUUACCUGAAUGAGAACAAAUUUGUCCAUGCUAUUCCCAAUAUAAUAAUUUAAAUAUAAGUAUCACUGCCUUAUGCAUUACUUUGUUGAAAAUUUUUCGUCUUAAGUGCAAAUCAUUGAUAUAUUGUAUAAAUAGUUCCAAAUGUUUUCUUCGCAUACAGUUGAGUAGAUUAAAUUGCGUGUUGCUGAGCGCCUGCUUUCAGAUAUUUGUUUCUAUUGUUUUGUGUUGAAGAUUUCGAAUUGAAAAAAAAACUGUUACAAGGUUGUAAACGUUGUAUGAUAUUUUAACUUUAAUUACCCUUUUUAAUACUAAAUGUUACCACUUUUAGAUGCAUAUAUUUUCCAACUUUUUAUUCAUUUCUAUGUAUUUUUUCUGUUAUGUGAAUUUGUCAGUCAAUAUAAUAGGAUGUACACGAUGUGGGCUAAAAUUAUAAUUUUUGUGGCCAAUAAUGACUGUGUAGGUUUUCUAUCACGUUCCAAAUCUAUAUUAAGGGUUGCAAAUUACAACAUUAUUGAAUU